CUUAUAAGUGAGUAAGUUUGGCUCAUAGCCUCCUUAAUAACUGUCAAGUCAACAUAACUCUAUUACACCACUAAAUACAAACAGCUCUCUGAGGGUCGUAUAAGAAUGAAGUAUGAGUAUAUACCGCUCGACCCAGCGUCGCAGGACAUUCGCUUGGUCACUAUACUCCCUGGGAAAUUCGACGACCCUAUCCAGAUCAAAAUCACUCACGCCCCUCUCAUCCCGCCCAACGAAGAUGAUAAACCAAAGCGGAUGUCGCUGGCCUCCCUACGGAGAACUCUUCCUCAGAGCUGGAAUGCCCGCGAGACCUUGGAGGGCCGCAUUAUCUUUCGGAAUUACGAGGGGUGGUGUUCUUCCUGGGACCAUCCGGAUCCUGAUUUCCCGCGAGACAGGUAUGAACUUCACGGAGACGGGAAACCGAGCGUCAAGUUCGAGGCGCUGUCGUAUACUUGGGGUUCUCCCAAGGUUAAGGAGAAAGCAGUAGUCCGGGGCGAGGAGGAAGCGAGAGGGUUGAAAGCGUUGAGGACGCAGCGUCUGCCUAUUCAGGCGAACCUCCAGGAGGCGAUACGCCACCUCCGGUACGAAGAUAGGGGCCGGGUCAUGUGGAUCGAUGCUCUUUGUAUCAACCAGGACGACCUAGACGAGCGCAGCGAGCAGGUCAAGCGUAUGGGGUUGAUAUAUACGCUCGCUCAUAGGGUCGUGGCAUGGUUAGGCCCCGGCUCUCCAAACAGCGAUGUUGCAUUUUCCAAGCUGGCAUACCUCGGGCGGCAAAUCGAGCACAACAAAGACGGCACGAUGGUCUCGGCACCCGGCUGCACGGAAGACAAGUGGUUCUCGAGCAAGAAGGCGCUGCCCUGGGACGCCGCCACAUGGGACGCCAUCUCCGAGACCUGCUCGCGGGACUGGUUCGCACGUCUCUGGAUCGUGCAGGAGAUCCAUCUCGGCAACGCCGACUCGGUCCUAAGAUGCGGGCGCAGCGAGAUCCCAUGGGCCUUUUUCCGCCGGGCCGUCAUCUGCAUCCACGCCAAGGACGUCGGCGUCCCCGAGGCGCUCUGGUACAAGACGCAGCAGAUCAAAUUCCUGUGCGAGCAUCUCGCGUCCAUGCCGUUCACGGACGUGCUCAAGAACCACCACAUGCGCCUGUGUCUGAACGCGCGCGACAGGAUCUACGGGCUGCUGAGCCUGGCGCCGCCGGAAAUCACCAGGUAUAUUACCCCGGACUACAAGAAGUCGCCGCUCGAGGUGUUUAGGGGCGUCUUUUUGGCGUUUGUGAAGCACGAAAAGCGCGUUUCGCUGCUUCCGUAUGCGAGACGGAGGGACGCGGCUACGACUGCGAUGGCAACGACGACGACGACGACGCCGGAGUGGCCGACCUGGUUGCCGGAUUGGUCGCGUUACUUGCACAUCACGACGGCUCACCACGUCGGGUUCUGCGCCAGCGGGAUCUCGGCCUCGCGCGCGAAAUACGUCGAUCCCGGGCGUCUCGAGGUAUCAGCGUUGUACUUCGCCAGCGUGUCGUGCGUCGGCGCGAAAAUCAGCACGGAGAAUUUCGCAGAUUUCCGCACGACGUGCCGGCGUAUCGGCCUCGAUCGUUUAAAGGGGGCGCCGUAUCCGUCCCGCGGGACGUACCGCGACGCGUGGCUGGAGACGCUGGCGCUGGGCAGAGUCGAGGAUCGAUGCUAUGGUAUUGGAUAUCCCAGCCUAGCCGGCCUGGCGGCGAUGGUAGCUGCGCCGGAGGGCAGCGAGGCGGACGAGGAGAAGGCGCUGUCGGAUGGGUGGAAGAUAUGGACUACGGGGCGGAUUAAUGGGUGUUAUCUUUUCAGUACGCAGAAUGGGUAUGUGGGUAUGAUAAAUGGAGAGCUGCAGCAGGGUGAUGAGGUCUUUGUGGUUCUUGGGUGCAAUGUGCCUAUGCUUCUGAGACCGACGGCGAGUGGUGAAUAUGAGGUCGUUGGAGACUGCUACGUACACGGCAUCAUGGACGGCGAAGCCCUCUUCGGCUCGAUCCCCCCACCCUGGACAGCACAGAUAGGACCCGGCGAAGACAACCGUGUCCGAGUCAUGUAUUACAACGAGAAAACCGGAGACAUAUACAGAGAUCACCAGCGGCUACAGGAGGUCCCGGUGCCGACGGGCUGGGAAGAGAUCACCGAAUGGGAGAAGUCCCAAGCUGACCCUCUGUAUUGUAAGAGAUUUUAUAAUAAGGAGACGGGCGAGGUGAUCAACUCGGACCCGAGACUCUUUCCGGAAGCGUUUAGGGAGCGUGGGGUCCCUGUUGAGACUAUUACGCUUGUUUGAUAUCCUCGGUCUAUUUGAUGCAAACAAUUAAUAAUACCUCUUACCAAUUUCGCCGCCGAGACCCCUAUUCACCUUGCCUAUCACCGAAAAACAACUGGCUUAGUAACUAUUGUCAUCCACGGCUCUCCAUUGCAUGUACUGCUAGUGUUCUAUAUAAAGAGAGACAGGUAGAAAUUAUCUCGAUCUGAAAAUAUGUUCACGCUAGGU